GGAAAGAUGGCGCCGGGCGAGGCGCCGCCGGCGGGGCCCGGGGCGGGGGGCGGCGGUGCGAGGAAGCAGCGGGCGUCGGCCCUCAGGGCGGCCUUCUCCGCCUUCGUCAAGGCGAGGGAGGUGCCGGCGGGCGCCGCGGGCGCCGUGUGGUGGCGGUGCUGCCGGCAGACGUUCCGCGAGCGCGGCGGCAUCCACAGGCAUGUGGGCACCCAGCACGGCGCCGAGCUGCGCCCGCCGCCCCGCGGACACGGGCACGGGCAGGGGCAGGGCGAGGCGCACCGAGGGGCGGCGGGGCCCGAGCGCGGCGCGGAGGUGUGCGACGAGCUGCCCGACACCCGGCACCUCGGCCCCGGGGAGCUGGAGAGCAAGGCGGGAGAAGUACUUCUGUAUUACUGCUACUGCGAGGUGAGGGAUCCAGAGAAACUCUGUGCUUGGCAAAAGGCGCUGUGCGAGCAUCUGCAUCUCACUGGCAAGGUACGAGUUGCUUCAGAAGGAAUCAAUGGAACAGUUGGUGGGAGCAAAGCAGCUACCAGUCUCUACAUUGAAGUCAUGCUUUCCCAGCCUCUGUUCAAAGACAUUUUGUGUCAAGAUGAUUUCAAGAGAAGUGCAGGAGGAGCUCACUGUUUCCCAGACCUUCGAGUUGGAGUAUUUAAAGAAAUUGUACCUAUGGGCAUUGAUCCAAAAAAAGUCUCUUAUAAAGAAACUGGAAUCCAUUUAUCCCCUCAGGAAUUUCAUAGAGAAGUAGAACAGUAUCUGUCUCAGGCCAGUCAAGGACAAAGCGAUACCAUCUUGCUGGAUUGCAGGAACUUUUAUGAAAGUAAAAUAGGACACUUCCAGGGCUGUCUGGCUCCAGACAUCAGGAAGUUCAGCUAUUUUCCCAGCUAUGUCGAUGAAAACCUGGAGCUUUUUAAAAACAAGCGCGUCCUGAUGUACUGCACGGGAGGCAUUCGCUGUGAAAGAGGCUCUGCUUACCUACGGAGCAAGGCAGUGUGCAAAGAGGUGUACCAGCUAAAAGGUGGAAUUCACAAGUACCUGGAAGAGUUUCCGGAUGGAUUCUACAGGGGGAAGCUGUUUGUAUUUGAUGAUCGUUUCUCCAUUUGUUCCAAUGAAGAUGUCAUCUCAGCAUGCAGGUACUGUGGGACGCUGUGGGACCAGUAUAAACUUUGUUCCAGCCAGCACUGCCGGCAGCUCGUCCUGACAUGUCCGAGUUGUCGAAAGAAAGGUCUUACAGCUUGCUGUCCUGUGUGUCAGGAAAAGGAGCUCGAGGUGACUUCAGGGGCUUCAGGACAGACACUUAAGGAGGAGUGUGAAUGUACAAAGAGAAGGCCAAGGGUACCUGUUGAACAUAUCUCGCGAGGGACGCUGGAUGCCGGAAAAGUUCAAGCUGUUUCAUUAGUUAAUCUGACAUUGUGCUAAUGCAAAGGGCUUCUAAAACCAGAUCGCUGUCUGCUACUCAGCUAGGUUUGGAAAUCACAAAAAUCUGUUGGCUUUGAAAGUCUUGUUUAUAACCCGCCUUUAAGUCCUGAAAAACUAUGCGUUACUUGAGUGUAAAUUACUGGAGUGCCCAACCUAUCACCGGUGCUACAGGAUUCCUCUUUCUGGGUACAGUCUUGUAGCAGGGCCUCUACCGUGGGGAUUUUGCAGCAGAGAAUGUGAUGGGACACAGCUGCUCACAAUUC